GACAAGUUCGGGGGUGCCAAUUGACCCUUUGUCCUUCAAACUCGAUUUUUAAAAAUUAAAAACCGUGACCGUUGAAUUGCAAUAUGCCUAAUCCAACGGCAGUAAAUGGUUAACAAUUGUGAUGUAACCCAAUCCUUAAAGAUUCCCGCUUCUUUCAAUUUUGGUUUCGCCAUUUUGAAAUCAUUACACUGAAAAAGAGAAAGCUCUCCCCUUUUCCCUAUUAUUCAAUUCUUCCUUCUCCCUAUCCCCUUAAUGGCUCCGCAUUUUGUAUUCCCGCAGAACUUCCGAUCUCUACAGGAGGAGCCAGCCGAUAACAACGACAACAAUAACCGUCUCUAUGUUCAGAACCUAACCGACGUCGUUUCUCUUCGUCCUUCUGAUCUCGAAGAGUUCGUCAAAGGUUUGUGCUUUGAUCUCUCUGAUAAAGAGCUAUUCUGCAUUGAAGAACAAGAAGUGUUUGAUCGAGUGUACUCAUUAGUAUUGGGUUUCUCUAGUCUCACUCCAUCUUGUAAACUCAAUUUUGUUGAAAGCCUUCGAUCAAAUCUCAGUGUACUUCUUCCAAAUGUUGAUUCACUCUCUCGGGUUUCCCAAUGCCAGGAUGGUGAUGAUGAUCACGAUCAUCUUCCACUGCUUGAUAGGGUCACAUCACAUAGAAAUGCUUUUAAAAUAUAUUCUUUUUUUCUUCUCAAUAUUGUCCUCUCUGAGGAGUCAAAUGCUACUGUUAAUGGCACCAACUCAAGGGUGAUAACAAGUACCAGGAAGAAAAAGCCAUUAAACUCAUGGAACUGGGAACCACAGAGGGGUCGGAUACUUAAUUUGAUUGCUAAUUCCUUAGAGGUCAACCUUGCCUUGCUCUUUGGAUCAUCAAAUCCUGAUGAAAAUUAUCUUUCUUUCAUUGCAAAAAAUGCUUUCUCUAUGUGUGAGAAUCCAGUACUUCUUAAAGACUCUGACGCUAAAGAUGCUCUUUGUCGUAUAAUUGGGGCUUGUGCUACAAAAUAUCACUACACAGCACAAUCAUGUGCUUCAAUCAUGCACAUAAUUCACAAAUAUGAUUUUGUUGUUACCCACAUGGCUGAUGCAGUUGCUGGAGCUGAGAAAAAAUAUGCUGAUGGAACUCUUGCUAGUUCUCUUAUCAGAGAGAUCGGGAGGACUAACCCAAAAGCUUAUGUUAAGGAUACCGUUGGAGCUGAAAAUGUUGGUCGUUUUCUUGUAGAACUUGCUGAUCGGAUGCCAAAGUUAAUUUCGACCCACAUUGCUUUGUUGGUCCCACACUUUGGUGGGGAAUCAUAUAAGAUAAGAAAUGCUUUAGUUGGUGUUUUGGGCAAGUUGGUUGCCAAGGCAUUUAAGGAUGUUGAGGGUGAAGUAAGUUCUCAAUCUGUUCGUCUUCGAACAAAGCAAGCUAUGUUGGAAAUCUUGCUUGAACGAUGUCGAGAUGUUUCUGCUUAUACUAGGAGUCGAGUUCUUCAGGUUUGGGCUGAACUAUGUGAAGAGCAUUCUGUUUCAAUGGGUUUGUGGAAUGAGGUUGCAGCAGUUGCUGCUGGGAGAUUGGAGGACAAAACUGCAAUGGUUAGAAAAGCUGCAUUAAAUUUACUUAUCAUGAUGUUGCAGCAUAAUCCUUUUGGUCCACAACUUCGAAUAGCUUCAUUUGAAGCUACAUUAGAACAAUACAAGAAGAAACUGAACGAGCUUGAACCAGAUGAAAGUGCACAGAAUGCCAGGGAUGGUUUGAAAUCUGAUAAUGAUGCCUCUGAUGGAGGGGAUGAGGUUGAUAAUGUAAAUGCUGAAGAGGUGGCUGAGAAGCAGCAAGAGAGUUUAACUGACAGUUGUUUGCCUCAUAUGGAAGAUGGUAUCACUCAGAAGGAUAGUUCAGUGCCAGAUGUUGGGAACUUGGAGCAAACUCGGGCUCUGGUUGCAUCUCUUGAGGCUGGCUUGAGGUUUUCUAAGUGCAUCUCUGCCACAAUGCCUACACUUGUCCAAUUAAUGGCUUCUUCUUCUGCCACAGAUGUUGAGAACACAAUUCUCUUGCUGAUGAGAUGCAGACAGUUCCAAAUUGAUGGCGCAGAAGAGUGCCUCCGGAAGAUGUUGCCUCUGGUGUUCUCUCAGGAUAAAUCUAUCUAUGAAGCUGUGGAGAAUGCCUUUAUUGCUAUUUACGUUAGGAAACUCCCAGUAGAAACUGCUAAAAAUAUUUUGAGUCUUGCUAUAGAUUCAAAUAUUGGGGAUCUUGCAGCUCUGGAAUUCAUUAUCAAUGCCUUGGUCUCUAAAGGUGAAAUAUCUACAAGCACGAUAUCAGCAUUAUGGGAUUUCUUUUGCUUCAAUGUCAGUGGAACCACAGCAGAACAAAGUCGUGGUGCUUUAUCUGUCCUUUGCAUGGCUGCAAAAUCAUCCACUGGAGUUCUUGGCUCUCACUUGCAAGAUAUUAUUGAUAUUGGAUUUGGUCGUUGGGCUAAAGUGGAACCUUUGCUUGCCAGAUUGGCAUGUGUUGCCAUUCAGAGAUUGUCUGCAGACGAUAGAAAGAAGUUGUUGGUUAGUAAUGGUAGCCGCAUAUUUGGUAUCCUAGAGAGCUUAAUAACUGGCUUUUGGCUCCCAGAGAACAUAUGGUAUGCUGCUGCUGAUAAAGCAAUAAGUACCAUAUAUACAAUUCAUCCAACUCCAGAAACAUUAGCUGCUGAUAUUGUUAAGAAAUCGCUUAGUUCUAUUUUUGACUGUAGUGGAGGAAAUGACUUGCAGAAUAACGUUGAGAGUGGUAGCACCGCUGUUGUCACAGCAGUUCAAGUAUCAAAACUUAGUAGAUAUUUAUUCAUCAUAAGUCAUGUUGCCAUGAACCAGUUGCUAUACAUAGAAUCCUGUGUUCGGAAAAUUCAGAAGCAGAAGAUAAAGGAGAAAAUGGUUACUGAUGGUGGGAAUGUUCAUAAUACUGUCCCGAAACCAGCUGAUUCACCAAAUGAAAACAAUAUAAAUGCCGAGCUAGGUGUUGCUGCCUCAGAAGAUGCGAUCCUUGAUGCACUCUCUGAAAGAGCUGAGCAAGAGAUCAUUUCUAGUGGUUCCAAUGAGAAGAAUUUGAUUGGCCUUUGUGUACCUUUCCUCUCCAAGCUAUGUAGAAAUAUUAGUUUGAUGCAGCGGUAUCCAAUACUCCAGGCAUCUGCAAUGCUCGCUCUUUGUAGAUUUAUGAUUAUUGAUGCACAUUUUUGUGAUGCAAAUCUCCAACUUCUUUUCACUGUUGUGGAAAGUGCACCAUCUGAAACUGUUCGUACCAAUUGCACAAUUGCACUGGGAGAUUUGGCAGUUCGCUUUCCUAAUCUGUUAGAACCGUGGACUGAGAAUAUGUAUGCCAGGUUACGAGAUCCUUCAGUGUCUGUUAGAAAAAAUGCUGUGCUGGUUCUUUCACAUCUCAUCUUAAAUGACAUGAUGAAGGUGAAAGGUUAUUUAAAUGAGAUGGCUCUGUGUUUAGAAGAUGAAGAUGAGAGAAUAUCGAAUCUGGCUAAACUGUUCUUCCAUGAGUUGUCUAAGAAAGGAAGCAAUCCAGUGUAUAAUUUACUCCCGGAUAUACUUAGCAAAUUAUCUGUCCAGAACCUAAACAGGGAGUCUUUCUGCAACAUCAUGCAGUUCUUAAUUGGGUCCAUAAAAAAGGACAAACAAAUGGAGGCUCUUGUUGAAAAGCUCUGCAAUCGGUUUAGUGGAGUCACUGAUGUUAAGCAGUGGGAAUAUAUCUCUUACUGCCUCUCGCAACUGGCAUUUACUGAAAAGGGAAUAAGAAAACUCAUUGAAUCAUUCAAGAGCUAUGAACAUGCUUUGUUGGAGGAUUCUGUUGCAGACCAUUUCAAAAGCAUAAUUAACAAGGCUAAAAAGUUUGCAAAACCAGAACUUAAAUUGUGUAUUGAGGAGUUUGAGGAGAAGCUUCAGAAAUUCCAUAUGGAAAAGAAGGAGCAGGAAGUGACGGCAAGAAAUGCCCAAAUUCAUCGGCAGAAGGUUGAAAAUGUAGAGCGUGUUGUGAUGGCUAGAAAUGAGGGUGAAGAAUGUGAAGGGUCCAAUAUUAAUGAAGAUGGCGAAGUCAUUGAUCCAUCCAUGGAGGGAAUAUCUCAAUCAAAGAAUGUAGUACCAGAUAUAAAAUUAGAUGAUUCAGAUGGAAACUCGGGUAUUUCCAGUGAGCUGACAGAGACAGAGCUAGGUGAAACUGAAGAAGUGCAGUCACCAAGAGUUACUAGAAAAGGUACAGGGACCUCCAGAUCUAGAGCUAAGAAAAGCAACACAAUUGAUCACAAGAGUGGUGUUUCUGCAUCCACUAGAAGAUAUACAAGAUCAAAACAAAGGUGAUUGUGCAGGUAAGAAGAGUUGGAAAGCUUCCAGAUCAUCCCUAGUUUUGCUUGGAAGAAAAAAUAUUAAGUUUUUUUCUUGUUACUGUAUUGUUGCAGAAGGUAAUUGUAACAUUUGAUGUAAUAUAUUACUUGCAUUAGUAGAAAAUAGGAAGAAAGGAAAAAAGAAAAAAGGGGAAUGCAGUCUGUAUGUAGAGCUAAGUGAAAUGGAACUAUUCCACUGUUUCUAUCUUUCCUGAAAUUAUGGCCAACCCUUUGAAUGCAUUUGCUUUAUGCAUACUUGUUCUAA